CUUGCGGUGCAAAUUAUUGCUUGCGGUGCAAAUUAUUGUGUGAUUAUUACUAAUAAUAGCGAAGUGUAUGAAUGGAGCUAUUGUAAUACCAACGAUGAUUAUCAAGCGAAAAAAUUCUUUGUGACAAAGCCGCGUAAAAUGAUUCAAUUUUCAACUCAAACAGUUGUUAAAGUUGUCUGCGGAUAUUGGGAUACCUUUGUACUCACCGACAAAGGGAAGGUCUAUACCUGGAAACGCCAGAUUGAUCCUUGUCAUGACAUCGGAGAAUUGAUAUCAACAGAUGAGAUAAAAGUACCCAAAAUGAUUAAAGCAUCAGAUAUCGCUACGAUAGAUGGUGCGAGUGCUAUCAAAUGUAGCGAAGAUCAACUUGUCUAUAUACGGGGUGAGCUGUUUAGGAAGAAAAUUAAGGAAUUAGCCAUCUGCGAAUACACAAAUAUAUUUGACAUAUGCAAUUUGACAGUGGCACAAUCACCGAUAUCCAUUACUUAUGAAGAUACAGAUGAAGAAUCUAUGAUAUUAAGCGAUUUAGACGCGGCGUUUAACGAUAGUUCAACGAGCGAUCUUACAAUAGAAGUUGAAAAGAAAUCUAUCUAUGUUCACAAGAGUAUUCUGAAAAUCCGUUCAUCAUAUUUCGCAAACAUAUUCCAUUUUAGUGGACUUGAAAAUAAACAAAGGGUUAUCAAGUAUGAUGAUUAUUCGUAUAUUGUGUAUACAGCCUUUUUAAAAUAUUUGUACACCGGUGUAAUCGAUUUAUCUUGUUUCGAAAACGAAUUAAAGCUCCUGGUAUUAUCUGACAAGUGCUGCAUGAAAAGUCUUGAGAGAGAUUGCAUUCGGAGGAUAAAAAAAAAGAUGACGGUAUCAAACGUUUCCUCUAUUAUUGAAACUGCGGUGAAAUGCAAUAAUGAGGAAUUGAAAGAAUAUUGUUCCAAGUUUAUGGAGAAGGAAGGAAUACUAUAAUGACUCACACCCG